UAUGUGUUGUUUUAUUUUAGAUAUUCUGUCCUACAGUGAACCAGAGGAAUAUAAGAGGAGAGACAUGGGGGCUCUUCUAUCACGAUGGAGGACAAAACCAACUACUAUUGAGCAGCUGGAGAAUCUGGACAAGGAGAUCAAAGAGUUGGAGGAAUUCAUGGCCAAAAACCAGCGCCUGAAAAAGCUGUGGGUUGGCAGAUUUCUUUUCUACUCAUCGCUGCUUUACCUGCUGACCUCUCUGCUCUUUUACUGGCUGUAUCUACCGGACCAAUGGUUGGAGAGACUGACCAUGGCUUUGCCUUUCUUCAUUUGCCCCAUGCUGAUCUGGUUGAUAAGGAAGUUUUUGAUUUUCCUCUUCUCGAAACACACUGAAAGAAACAAUGAUAAACUAGAAGAUUUGAAGGCUGCUAAAAGAAAGAUUCUGGAAGAAGUGAUGGAGACAGAGACGUACAAAAAUGCAAAACUCAUUCUGGAACGCUUUGAUCCAGAAGCGAAGAAGAAGGCUGAGUUGGAGUUGACUCCUGUCCAUCCUCAGAUGACUCCCAGGCCAGGACAAGAGCUUCGACAGAGGGGAGCUGCAAUGAGACCAUCUCCAACCAGCACUCCGGCUGCAAUGACAACAGCUCCCCCACCUGGUGCACGAGUCUCAUUGGGGUCAGGGGCCACACCUGUGGCUCCAGGAGGACCACCAGAGAAAUCUGCAUCUGUCCACCAGGGGGUGCUACCCAGAAGCCCCUGUUCCCCUGUUCCAGGUGUAGGCAUGCACCCACCAGGUCCCCCUAUAGCCAGACCCAUUCUGCCCAGAGAGAGGGGCACUGUGGACCGCAUCAUAGAGUACCUGGUAGGGGAUGGACCACAGAACAGAUAUGCCUUGAUCUGCCAGCAGUGUUUUUCUCAUAAUGGGAUGGCUCUGAAAGAAGAAUUUGAGUAUCUGGCGUUUCGUUGUGCGUAUUGUUACUUUCUGAACCCAGCCAGGAAAACACGCCCCCAAGCUCCCAGGCUUCCCGAGUUCAGCUACGAAAGGAGGCUGCGAGCAGAAUCUCCAUCACCUGGGCGGGCACCACGUUCUGCUGCAGACACAGAGGAGAGUGCGCCCCCUUCUGGAGAUGAGAAAGAGACAGAAGAUGGACCUUCUAACGAGGCAAAGAGACAACCAAAGGAGGAGCAGCAGCAGGAGGAGAAGGAAGAGCUAGUUCAGAAAGAGGACGCACAUGCAGAAACACAGCGCCCCCUGUGAGGCAACAUUUCAAGCAUCAUCGGUGCUGAAUCAGGUCUGCUCACAUCAGUUAGUCAUCCGAAAGAUCUUUCUGGAUUCUGUAGUUGGCUGCAGCUGAUGGUUUGAUGCUAAUGUUUUGUAGCUAAACUCCCUCACUGACUCUUAAUUGAAUUUUUAUUAUUUUGUUUGUUCAACUCAACUUGGC